AUGGACGUUCUGUUUAUCUUAUGUUUCCUACCCCUUUCCGGGGGAGGUGGGGCUGUACCUUUGGGCGGUACUAAUGUUGGUAAAGAAAUCACGGAUACAGAACAUCCCAAGGAAUUUAAAGUCGAUGAAGCACGGAUUCCACUCGUUCCAGUAGGAUCUAUGGAUGAAGCAACUCCAGAGCAAUUCACUACGCCCCAGGAUGAUCCAAAACCUGAAAAUGAGCCGAGUGGGCAGAAUAAAACUCAAACCCAAACUGCAGAAAUCGAGGAGGAUCUUGCUGAUGGAGAAUAUGACCUGAUUCAAGUGGAAAAGCCUAGCGGAAUCACGGUCAGAAUUUCGAAACAUGAAAUUUACAGCGCAAAGGACAUCAGUGUGGAAGCAAUUGAAGACGUCCCACCUGAGCUUGAGCUGAAGGAGACGGAAGCCAUCAUUUCGGUUGGAUUGAAGAUGUCGCCUUCUAACGCAAUCUUUGACACUCCUGUGAGAGUAACGAUGCCCCAUUGUGGUGUAUUCACAAAGCCAAGGGAUGCAGAAGUCUACAUCUAUUAUCGCGAGAACGAUUCUACAAAGUUUACAGCGAUUCGUUCUACCAGCACGAGUAACCCAAGAUGUGUCGUUAGAGAUCGCGAUCUAGAUAUCUACCUUAACCACUUCUCGGAAUUCUGGAUUCGCAUUUGUGAUAAAUUAAAAGGGGUAUUUAUUGGCAAACUUGUUGUCUGUACGCCAUGUGUUCCAGUGUCAGCACCGAGAAACGAAGAGCAUGUUUUGCUGGUCAAUGUAAGGGAUCAUAACGUUACAGACUGGAAGGUCCCGGAUGGAUAUAAAGCUCCGUUACCAGGGGAGCAGUUCUUUGUGAGAUGGCAUUCAGGAGGAUUAAAGAUAUCCUGUAAAGCAAACAACAUCAUAAACAAAUCUGAGACUAUCGAAGAAAGUGAUUUUCGCUACCUUACUCAGCGCCAGAAAACGUUUGUGAUAGAUACAAGAAAUGUCACCGAGAAUACAAAAAUCAUUCUAGAUUUCACCUUCCAACAGAAUACAACAAUGAGACUUGACACUGUGAUGCGGUUAGGAGAUGUCAGACAAACAACUGCAAAAACUUCAAGAGCAUCAACUUCAACAGGAGCAGUAGACAUUACCAUCAGUGAGAAAGAACUUUUGAUGUUGUCAUUGGAAAUUGCACCUACUUACUACAAGAGAGUGGGCGUUUACCUGAAUAUCCCCAUUGUAACCCUUGAAAAUAUCAAGGAGCAUAGCCGAGAUAACUGCGAUGCUUUGAUGACAGUAUUCACAAGAUGGAGAGAUAAACAGCUUCCAGACACAAACAUCAGGGCUCAUCUUGCAGAUGCUUUACAAAAGAGUGGUCUAGUGUCUCUGUCUCAGAAACUGAUUCCUAUAGAUCAAUUAGGGACAGAAACAGCUAGUGCGAUAUCGGAGGGAGGAGCACAUUCAACAUCAACGAUACCUAUAGCAUCCCAAUCGGUUGGCAAUCACCCUGCAGAGUAUCCUAGUUGUAGUUCUUCUUCUGAAACAAGAGAGAAAAGGCGAAGAGACGAGAAUGAUUUCGAUGACAUUCUGAGGGAGAUUGCAAGGAAGUUGGUCAAAAGCAGCGAUAUUGAUUAUCUAGGCGGUAAACUUGGCUUUAAACCAGGAGAUAUAAAACGCUACAUAGAUGCUAACACGGAUGCAGAUUACAUGGGUACGCUGGAUAUGCUCCGUACAUGGAGGAGAGGAACAAAUCGAUCAAAAGAACGUGAACUGUUGAAGAAAGCCCUUAUAGACAUCGGGUACAUUAGUCUAGCAGGCAAGUUACUAGGAAAUGGGGGGCAGGAGGGCAGUCAACCCCCUAAUCAAAAGAAAAUAAAGCUGAAAUAA